UAUUUUUAUAUAGAAAAAAACUUUAAAAGCCAAAAAUUAUAAAAUAUUAAACAAUUUUCAGCAAAAAAACUUUGAUUUGAAUUACCGCAUGUUUCAAUAUUUUCCCGAUAACCCCAGACGCCUAGAGAUCAACACAAAAUUCGUAAAAAAUAUUGAUAACAGACCCUUAAAUAUAAAAAACGACUACCCCGUGGCUAAGUGACCAAGAAAAGCAUCAUUUGUGUUUCAAACGUAGACGGGAGAGUGCGUCAACAGUGGAAAUUAGUUUAAUUAAAAAAAAUAAAUCCUAAAUAAAAUAUUCAACAAAAUGGUUUCAGUUAUUAAAUUUGCUCGUGUUUUGCAACAAAGUGCCUGCUUAUUGAAACAAGCCCCCAAAACUGUACAAAAUUUCAGACAAUUCAGUUUAAGUACAAUUUAUAAUGCAGAACGUCGUUUUACCGAAAAACACGAAUGGGUGUCCUUCGAGGGAACCUCUGGCACCGUAGGCAUUUCCACUUAUGCCCAAGAGGCUUUGGGUGAUGUAGUAUUUGCCCAAUUACCCGAUCCCGGAACAGUGCUAAAGCAACACGAUGAAUGUGGUGCUUUGGAAAGUGUUAAAGCUGCCAGUGAAGUGUACUCACCAGUCAGUGGAGAAGUAACAGAGAAAAACGCCGCCGUAGAAGAUACUCCUUCCCUAAUCAAUACCAAUUGUUAUGAUCAAGGUUGGCUUUUCAAAAUCAAGCUAUCAAACACUGCUGAAUUAGAUAAACUAAUGACAGAGGAUCAGUAUAACGAAUUCCUUAAAAAUGCCGAUCAUUAGUUAGUGUUGUUAUUGGUUUUUGUUUUAAUUUUUUUAAAAACUCAUUUUCACAAGUUGCUUUUAAAGUUCAAAAGAUUUAAAAAACUCACUCUCCCCCUCUUAUGUGCUCAAUGAGUAUAGAUUUACGUUAUAUAAGAAUUAAUACUGUUUUUUGCCUUUAUUUUAUAAUAUAAAUACAAAUUAUUUUUAAUGUACAAUAAAUUAUAAAAAAAAACUA